GCGGAACUCACACGACUUAUUGACUUAUUCGGAAGUGUGUGUGUGCGCGCGCGUGCUCUCUCUCUCUCUCUCUGUCUCAAUAUACACACAUAUCAUAGCGCGCGAGAUUGUUACAGUUUUAUCAUCCAUCGGAGAUACGUGUGUAUAGUCGAGCGGCGCGGUAUAUCCGUUUCGCGCUUGGACGCCUUCAAUUCACUCCGAGCGGUGUUACGCGACGGCCGAUCGUUGGAGCGGCGUAUGGCAAUUUUAUCCCCAAACCAAAAAACAAAGCCAUUAAUUUUUAUUGUAUUGUUUUUCACUGUGAAUAUAGCACUUUUGUACAAAUUUGCUUUCCCUUGAAAACGAAUAAAAAAAAAACAAAAAAAAAAAAAAAAAAGAAGAAAAAGGGCUGGAUCGCUGGUAGUGCGGGGUGAGAGUCGACAUGUCGAGCCAGAGGGAAAAGUCCAUCGAGGCCGCGGCUUCGGGGCGUUGCAAGGCGGACCCGAACUCGGACGCGAGGACAGGGUGGAGGAACCUCGCGGCCUUCUGGGUCCUGGGGCUGUGCAACAAUUACGGCUACGUGGUGAUGCUCAGCGCUGCCCACGACAUACUCAACAGGGAUUCCACGGUUGUGGAAACAUGUCCGGAGCCGAGAAACUCGACGCGAUCGUGCAAUCAGGUGUCGACCGGUGCUAUUUUGCUGGCCGAUAUCCUGCCAUGCGUCUUCAUCAAGCUGACCGCGCCGUUUUUGCCCUUUUUCGUGCACGCACGGAUGGCCACGUGUGUGUUGUUCUCAGCCACUGGCUUCCUACUGGUCUCGAUGAGCGACGGCCGGCUCAUCAUGGCCGUCGCUGGGGUCGUCAUCACGUCCCUGUCCUCGGGACUCGGCGAGGUCACCCUGCUCAGCUACAGCCACCGCUUCUCCAAGAGCGUAAUAUCGACGUGGUCGUCGGGCACCGGUGGAGCCGGGAUAAUCGGCGCGCUGUCGUACACGUGGCUGCUGUACUUUCUGAGCUCGAAGGACACGCUGCUGGCGAUGCUGGUAGUGCCGGCGAUCCAAGCGAUCACCUUUUGGCUGGUGCUCACCCACCCGGAGCCAACGAUAACCCUCGUCACGGACAACGGCGGAGUCGGCAGCCAAGAGCAGAUCAUCGAGGCGCCCAAGAUGAGCACGGCCCGGAAGAUACGGCUCGUGCCGGGACUGCUCAAGUACAUGAUACCCCUCGGGCUGGUCUACUUGUUCGAGUACUUCAUCAAUCAGGGACUGAUGGUGAACGUCAUCCUGUUGACGUUUGAAGCUGUCUACUACUACAUCCCGACCAUAUGGAUCGUCUUUACUCUGGUGCUGUGGGAGGGUCUGCUCGGAGGCGCGGCCUACGUCAACACCUUCUACAGAAUGUCAAAAGAGAUUCCCUGGGAGCAGCGCGAGGUGUCUUUGGGUAUUGCGUCCAUGGCCGAUUCGAUAGGUAUCGCGAUGGCUGGUUGGCUGUCCAUGCCCGUGCACAACGUCAUCUGCCACUUACCACUGCCCCAACGAGUGGGCAGCUGAAAACCAUCAUCCCUUACCCCCACCCCCAUUGGCAUCUGUAGCGACGCACCUUACACGGCUUACCACUACAACUGUUACUACUACUGCUACUUCUACUAUUACUGUUUACUAUAUGUUGUUAUUUUUGUCGUGCAGAGCGGGGUUAUCCACUCCUCUGUAUACGUUCACGCUCCCGAAUCGGUAGUUUGCAUUUGAGAGGUGAAAUCAAAUGAUACAGGUGUGGAUGCGUAAAAAAAGGUGCUCAAGUGGGUUCCAGCGACACGAUCGUCUUGGAGGAUGUGAUUAUUUUUGGAGAGGCUAUAUACUCCCUCGAGGAUAAAACUGUAGAAUGUAUCGUGUGAUAAUAGAUAAAGCGAGAUCUCUUUUGGGCGGGUUUCGAGAGGUGAUUGUGCGUGCAAUAUGAUAUAUAUUAUGUAUGAUGUACAAAUGUUGCGCCGGUAAGACGAGUAUUUUUGUAACGCGGCCGCCGACACAAAAGAGCUUUUUGUGCUCGUGCUUUGGCAAAAAACACUCUAUUGUUUGACAACUGGUGUCCAUAUACUAUCCGCGUGUGCGUGUAUUAUAGGUAUGCAUCAUAACGGGGACCAUUUUGCGAUGGAAUUUUUAUCCUUCCCCGGUGUCUCUUUUCUCGAUACGCGUUUUGCACUUUGCUACGAAAGAGUUUAGAUUUUUUUAUACUUACCUCCUCAUAUUUAUUCACCGAUGGAUAUUACGAAUUACCCUUUUGAUCCUUUCAUCGCAUCGACUCGUAAGAAUUAUUGUAGUUGGUAGCGCACGACAGUAUACAUACAUAAUAUGAUGUAGUGUAGAAAAUAGUACGUUGCGUAAGGAAGAAAAAAAAAAAAAAAAAAAAAAAAAAAAAAAAAAAAAAAA